CUUACCCAAAUAAUCGCCUCUUCAGAAAUUCAGCUGUCAACUGUCGUAGGGGUGGUUUGAAGGAUUCGAGAAAACGACGACGACAUCUUUGGGCAUUCGAUGUGAGCCGCUUGGGAAGUUGCUGGUAGUUCAGCAAUAUCGGAUACAUAUACAAAGGACGAUAAACGCCCGCGAACGAAUAAUAGAUAAGGCGACAACGACGACACCUACCUACGAAUAUCAACAUCAGGCGGAAGAAGGGUUGACCAUCAAAGGAAGAUCGCAUAUCAGACGAUCCACUGUGCUUGGGAAGGACAUCAUCUUUUCGGCUUGCAAAAACACAACAUCAACACAUUUCCAAAAUGGCGGCAAAGGGAUACAGACUCCUCCGACGGCCAUGGCGAGUAAGGCGGCCACUCUACUAUGGCAUGGUUUUCGAGCUGCUCGGCAUCGUCGCCGUCCUCGUCCUCUUCGGCGUCCAGCAACCAGACGCCUUCCGCACACAAUUCUGGGAGAUCGGCCAUCUCAUGGGAUGGAACUCAUCACCAGACAUGAUCCUCUACGCAUACGCCAACUACCAACCUCUACCUAAAGUUCCGUUUGUAUGGUCACAGCUAUUAACAAAUUUCAACGUCGCCAUCUCCGUCGUCUCCCUCUUCAUCUUGCUCGUCAAGAUGAUCAUGAUCAUCAUGAAAUUCUACUACCCCGUCCUCGGCCUGAUCGUCAGCCUCGGCCUCACGGUGCUCUACACCGUCUCCGUCUACGGCCAGGCCGGCCCCGAUUACGCCGACCCCGAGCACCCCAGCCCUGUGGCCUGGUACAUUGCCAAGUCGUGCUCGGUCGCGAGGCCGUUCAACGCCGAGGGGAACUGCCAGAUUGCCAAGGGCGCUUUUGGUGCUACCAUUUAUUUGCUAGUCGUCUACCUAGCAAACUUCAUCCUCUCCAUCUGGUCCAUGUGGCCCAACAAGAUGCUCGACAUGUACGACGACGACGAAGACUAUGACGACGAGCAAGAAAGCAAGCCCAAGGGCAAGCAGCCAGUCGUCAACGUCACCGCUCUUCACGGCGGCAUCGGCAUCAUGAGCGGCGGUAGCCCAAGUACGGGUUACUACGGAAACAAGGAGUGGGAGAUGCAACCCACGCAGCAGCCUCCUACGAGCCCGAGGGCGGUGCACAUGUCGGGGGCAAUGGGCGGUGGUCACGGUGGUGGUGGUGGUUACGGUGGGGGCGUGGAGCCGCCGCUGUUUACGCCCAGGACGCAGGCUUUUCAUGCGUUGGAUCGGAGGUUGCCUUUGAGGUGCGGUUGAGGAGAUGUGCUGCUGUGGGUUGGCGGAAGUCAUGAUGAUGGCGCGCGACUGUGAAAAGCGAGGGCGCGGGAAAUGAGACUUACAUGUUUAAUUUUUGGAUGGGGAUGGAUGGAGGGAAUGACGCGUGGAUGGCGGUUACUGCCAUGAAGUUUUUCACAGCUGUGGAAAGAUUCGCGAGGAUGUCGGCAAACGAAUCUCGCGGAACCUAGGAAGAGUUCAAGAUGUCCAGCUCAGAGCUAAGGGCACACCCAAGGAG